AUGCCUCACUCCAAGACACCUGGCCAGAGCAAUGCUGCUUCAGACAAGUUCAACAAGCAGGAGGCUGAGAGCAAAGGUCUCGGUGCCUCAAACGCACCCGCAGCGAAGGAAGGCCACGCGCCCGGCGAAGCGCCCGUAGCUUCAGACAGCGGAAACUCAAACGUCGGCGUCGACCCGAGCGCCAACAAGCCCGGUGAGAAGGGCAUCGGUGGACCUAACUACGGUACACACUAG